UUUGCACAGAUGAAAUUUUUUGCGCACAUGGCCUGUCAAAAAUUAGAGGGAGCAUUGCUGUUAACCUGAAUCUACCCCACAUGGAGGUCACAGGGUGUAAUGGAGGGAGGUGGAGAAUGUUAGAGCUAACAUACUUUCUCCUGAGUGUACCCUAUUUUCUCUUUGUUAGUGUAGGUGGAGGGUGGUUAUUGAGAGAGAUUUCUUCAGGUGAAGGAGAUGGGCUUCUACAUCAGCUCGUUGUCCAGAGCAGCCUGUGGCAAAGCACACCUGGACUCCCAGUCACCCCCAAGACAUUAUCAGGUGGCUCCAAGCUACAAUUACAGAUGGACAGAUCUUCACUACGAGGCUAGCAGGGGCAACGUGGAGAAACUGCAACAACUCCUAGUGACCUCAGACAGGGAGCUAGUUGACAGGAAGGAUUACUAUAGCAAGACUCUACUCUACUGGGCUGCAUAUAAAGGGCAGAAGCUUUCCAUGGAAUUACUGCUACAACAUGGAGCCAGCGUGAACAUUUGCUGUAAACAUGGAGGAACGCCCCUUCAUGCAGCCAUUGGCCUCUUCCCAGACUGCACUCUGCUGCUGAUACAGGUAAGGUGUUUUGAAUCCACUGCCACCUGUUCACCAUGUGAUGUAGCACCUGUUGCGAUUCUCAGAAUGUCUCUGAACUCAAAUGUGGAAAAUAUUCUAACUGGGCAACACCUAAACCAGCCCAAUUCAAGGCCCCUGUUGUGCAAAAGGGGCUACUAAUAAUAGGAUAACUGGGGAGUGACUCCCGUGUACCUGGCAGCUUGCAGUGGGCAGAUAGAGUGUAUCUGGCUUCUGGUGCAGGCUGGCGCUGACAUCACUUACAAGAAUAAGAAGACAGGAGCCCCCCCAAGCGUCUGGUCUCACAAACUGCACUGAUAUCCUGGAUUGAAUCCUGCUGCCGGCAGCUGCACUCCCUGAAACACCUCAGCCACCUGCGUAUCCGAACUGCCCUUGGGCAUCAGAGGCUUGAAGCCAUUGGGGGAUUUGACCUCUCCCCCCCCCCCCCCGAAGCGCUUAUGUACGAGGACCUUGUUCUGCAGGAGGGCCUGUAGCUGUGAAAAGUCUGGCCAGUCUAUACCUGUACCCUCAAAGACAAGGUGACAGUGGGAGAGGAGCUGACAUUGUUUCAUCUUUUCAGUCUUCAGCUCCUCAAAGCCACAAGAGAUAUGGAUUUUGUGUUAUCUUACCUUUCUGUAGCCUAAUCUGAGCCCCGUUCUGGAAUGUGUCAGAGGCUGCUGUCCGUGGAGACUGUUGGUGACUCUUACUUUGUAACAUGCCUGUAGCUCCAGGGUGCAUUCUGAGGAGAGCAAAGCUCUGUCUCCUGCCCUGAAGAGCUUGCUAGGUAACGUGCUACAGCAGGAAUCAGAGAGCUGGUCUUGGCCAGGAGGAGAGAAGAGGUUCCUCUCCCUCCGUUUCUUGUUCAGGAGUAAAAUGCUGAAGAUCGUGCUGUGUCUGCUCGAAGUGUCAGAUCCCUCCACCGGCUCAUCCUGAGGACUGCAGCAAGCCUCUGGCAUGGAGGAGUGGGGAUGCCAGGAGGACCCUGCAGAGUACUGUGCCGGAGGCUACUACCCUGUGCAGAAGGGAGACACAUUCAGUGGAAGAUACCAGGUGGUGCACAAGCUGGGCUUUGGCUACUUCUCUACAGUCUGGUUGUGCAAGGACAUGGUAGAGAAGCGGCGUGUAGCUGUGAAGGUGGCCAAGGGUGGGGAGAGCUUUGCUGAGGCUGCCCAGGAUGAAAUCUCUCUCCUCCAGUGUGUGAGCAGCAUGAAGAAGAAGGACGGGGCAGGGAAGAAUAUUAUCCAUUGUUUAGAUGACUUUAAAAUGAUUGGAGCAAAUGGCUUCCAUGUGUGCUUGGUAUUUGAGUUGCUGGGCCCUUCUCUGCGGUGUCUGAUGAGGAGCCAUGGAGCCCAGGGUCUCCCCUUGCCCUUUGUGAAAAAAGCCCUACAGCAGGUACUGGCAGGGCUGCAGUUCCUGCAUACCAAUUGUCGGAUUAUCCACACAGACAUCAAGCCAGAGAACAUCUUGCUGCAGGUGGAUGAGGAGAGUCUCCAGAAGUUUCUGCAUGACACAGCUGCCUGGAGCCAAAGCAUAAAUCUGGGCCUAAAGAAACAAGGAAUUCUUGCCAAUCAAUUGGAUCAUUGCAAUAUAAUGAAAAUGGGAGUGAAAAUUGCAGACCUAGGCAGCGCAUGCUGGACCUACAAGCCCCUUUCCAAAGAGAUCCAGACCCAGCCAUACCGAGCCCUGGAAGUUCUUCUUGGGUUAGAUUACAGCACUCCUGCAGAUAUCUGGAGCACAGCCUGCCUGGCAUUUGAAAUGGUGACUGGCAACCUCCUUUUUGAACCCCAGGCUGGGAAAUAUUUCUCCAGAGAUGAUGAUCAUGUUGCUCGUAUCAUUGAACUCCUGGGAAGAAUUCCUCCUAAAAUUGUUUUCUCCUGGAAACAGUCAUCAAAAUUCUUCAGUGGACAAGGUGCUCUCCUACGGAUUUCCAGGCUUUUCCCCUGCAGUCUGUACAACACCCUAAUGGACAGAUACAACUGGACAAAGCAUGAGGCUGCUCCAUUUACGAGCUUCCUUCUGCCAAUGCUGGAAUACAUACCAGCCAAACGGACAACAGCAGUGAAAUGCCUUCAACAUCCAUGGCUGAGUAACCAGUAUCCAGAUCAGCCUUGUGACUCUUUCUCUGGAGAUGGAACACAGAAAAUAAGUUUAUUCCACAGGACAUAGAACUAUACCAGAUGGCAAAUCUGUUGAAGAUGUAGGUCAUAGAAUUCAUAGUGGAAUUCAAGCAUUGGCAGCCUUUCUCUCUCCCACUGUGUUCCUGUCCUUCACCAGACUCCAUUUCCCUAACACCAUAAUCCAAGCAGCCUGAUUGAGUCUCACUCUCUUUCCUCAGCUGCUUGUCAUCUGUUCCUAUGGAACCAUCUCCUCUGUUCCUGAACCUAGGUGCUUUUACUCCGUUACUUUCCCAUUUAUUGCCACAUCUAUGCACCUGCCACUACUGUGUCUAUGGAGAUGGCACAACUCAACUUCCAUAUUGGUUUCUGCAGAAGCUAGACUUCCAUUAAAAGAAAAGUUAGGUUUCUAGUCCACUGUGCAGAGAUCUCUAGCCUGCUGUCUGCUGAAUGUAGAAAGACGCAAAUAGCUAAUGCUGUAGCCUUCUCCCUCAGCAGGUAUAGAAGAGCUAAGCACACUGGAACCAUUGUAGUUUCUCUGAAUCAGAGUACAAGCAGUGUGAGGAGGCUCCAUAAAGGGGGUUCCUGGUCCGACAGUGGUACUGCUGGAAGCAGAUCUUUAGGCCUAGCCCCUUAACCAAGUAGGGAAUGUUCAUGGGCUCCAUCAGUUACUCUAGAUUUGGAGAAGCUGCCAGGCUUUGGGAAGGAUUUCUUUCCCCUCAGAUCUUAAAUUCUGUGAGAAAAGUCCCUUUGCUUGACUUUUGCCUGGGGCAGGAAUGAGGAAGAGAGGGGACCCGCAAGUCUUUUAAUGUGAACUAUCUAGUACAGCAGUUCUCAAACUGGAGUCUGUGAGUCAUGUCCAGGACCGCCAGCCCUGCCAAUCAACUCCUCCCCAUUCCUCCCAGUACCUCCUGCAGGCCCCAGAACAGCUGUUCAGUGGUGUGCAGGAGGUGCUGGGAGGGAAGAGGAGGGGCGGGGGUGAGAAGAUUGGGGAG